AUGGGGCGAGAGCAAGUGGCGUUCCCCGAGGACGCCGCCGCUGGCGCUGCCGUUGCCGCUGCUGCUGCUGCUGCUGCUGCUGCUGCUGCUGCUGAUCCUGAGCCUCCGGCCCUCCAAGUGGAAGCAGCGAGCAGCAGCAGCAGAGCCAAGGCGGAGGAGGAAGCAGUUCUUGGCUUUUAUCCUUUUCGAAGGCCUCUUCGCUCCGCAAAGGCGAAGUUCCCGCGGGUGGCGCAGCUGAACCUGCUGCUGGUCUUGCCGGUGCUGCUGGCCGCGCUGCUGGCGCUGUGGCGGCUAGCAGCCUCCGUGCGGGGCGCCCCCGCCGCCGCAGCAGCAGCAGCAGCAGCAGCAGCAGCAGAGCCCGAGCUGCUGCAGCCAGCUGCGCAAAGCCCCCCAGAACUGGGACUCCAGCUGGACCCCGACAGCCUCAGCAGCUACGAACAGCAGUACCUCAAAAGCGCUGCGGACUUCUCCAGAAUUUGGAAUUCAACUUCGCUCGCAGUGCGGAAGGGCUUUGCUGCGCACUUCACGCCGCGGGGCCCGGGCGAAGAGCCCAAGGGGCCGGGCUCGCACUUGUACAACGAAAACGUGCGCGAAAUGGAGGAGUUCAUGCAGCUUUCUCCGCCGGAAAAAGCGGAUCGCCGCAAAGCUUACGCGCUGCACUUGAUUGCGCUGACUGCUGCGUUCAAAGGAGCGGCAGAGUGCCUCGAAAUGCUCAAAAAAAUGGAAAAAAUCCACCAAGAAACCCUCGCGCCGGUGCCGCUGCUGGGCAUUCAAGAAGGCGUGCAACUCCCCGCCGCGGGGGCCCUCGAGCACUUCGCGGGGCCCCUCGCGAGCGAAAAAGAACUUCUCGAAAUAAUGCCUGGCAGCUUUGAACCCGGGGAAGAGAAAAAAGUGCCGCAGCAGCUGCUGCAGCGCGUGCAGGGUUUGCUGCAGCUCGAGCAGGUGGAGCAGCAGGGCUUCCACGCCAUUCACGAACAGUUCAAGCCGCUUCUGAGGGCCCUCGGGUUCACUUCGCAUCAUUUGACCUUCUUGGACUUCCAAAAAAUGGAGUCUUUUUGGUUUCCUUAUCCCCGAAACGUCUUCAACAGCGGGCGCUUCUUCAUGGAGUACCAGAGGCGAGCUGAACAGACAGACGAGCCCGAGAAGCGCUACCAGGAAACUCUUCACUCCAUUUCCCACUCCUGGAAAGAUGCAAAAGAGCUUUUAAAAGUCAUUGAAACGAUGCAAAACAACGCAGAGAGGGCGGUGGCCGCGGCGCUCCGCUGGAAGUGCCUCUUCGCCUUCGAGAUCGAAGAACAGCAGGGGCUCAUCAACUUCGCCGAUCCCAUGCUUUUGGGGGUCUUUUUGCUUUGA